UAGCUGCUAUCCCUUCUGUAGGAAUCUCUGCAUUUUACAAAACCCUACAAUCUAAAACCCUAGUACACUUCUCUUCUUUCUCUCCCAGCAGACUUUUCUGCUCUAAAUUUCAGAACCGUAAUUUUAUCUUCCGUAAACCCGAAUUUUGACCUACUCCGAUUCCGAUUAACUAGAAAUCUAACCUACAAACAUAAGCGAUUAUAUUUUUGCUCUCUUUUUGCUCUACCUACAUCAGAACUUAUGGGGAAGAAGAGAAAGCAGCCCGAGAAAGAGGUUUCAGUAAAGAAAGAAGAAACUGCACCAGAAAGACCUAAAAGAACACUUUUAGGAUGGAAGGAUAAAGAUACUGAUGUUGAAGAGAAACAACAAAAUGGCGAUUCUCCAUUUUUUAGGAACAAGGAGAAACUUCUUGUUACUUGUUCUCGUCGUAUAAGUUACAGGUUCCGUCAUUUGAUGUUGAACAUGGUUUCAUUGCUGCCUCAUUGUAAGAAAGAUAGCAAAAUUGAAGCUAAAGAAAGCAAGGGUUCAACACUGAAUGAGCUUGUUGAGCUUAAGAGUUGUUCUUCCUGUUUGUUUUUUGAGUGCAGAAAAGGAAAGGAUCUGUACCUUUGGGUGGCCAAGAGCCCUAACGGACCUUCUGUGAAGUUUUUAGUUGAUGCUGUGCACACUAUGGAAGAAUUGAAGCUCACAGGAAAUCACCUGAAAGGUUCACGACCACUUUUAACAUUCUCCUCCAAUUUUGAGAAAGAUGCGCACUGGAGGAUGUUGAAAGAAUUGUUAAUACAGACCUUUGGGACUCCAAAAGAUCACAGGAAAGCUAAACCGUAUCAUGACCACGUUUUUGUUUUCUCCCUUCUUGAUGAUCACAUAUGGUUCCGAAAUUACCAGAUUUCUGUUCCCCACAAUGAAACAGAUAAAGUGGACCGUGGUGGUCUGGACAAGAUGACUCUAGUGGAGGUUGGUCCAAGGUUCUGCUUAAAUCCAAUCAAGAUAUUUGCUGGCAGCUUUGGUGGCCCGACAUUAUAUGAUAACCCAUUUUAUGUAUCUCCAAACGAGCAUAGAGCAGCAGAUAAGAGGAAGAAAGCUGGGAAGUACGCGCACAAGGUCGAGGCCAAGACAAGGAGAAAGGCUCAUGAACAAGAUAAUCCAUUACAGCCUGACGAGUAUGCAGAUAUGUGGAAAGGAGAGUGAUCUCCUAACUAUAGAUGUUGAUCUGAAUUCCUAUCUUAAUCCCCAUCUUGAUUUGUGCUCUUUCUAUUUACUGUUUCGUUUUUUUUAUGCCUUCAUAUGUUGUUUUAGAUGGUAAAAAUCGAAAUCUUCUGUAUCUCAAGGAAUACCAAAGUUUAUAGUUGGUCAAUUGCUUGUAGGAAAACUGAACUUGAGAAAAGUUCUUCUGAUUAGUUGACUUAUAUCUGUUGCGGAGGAGAACAUUCACUUGAAAAACAUGGACAGAAAAACCAAUAUCAUUUUGAAGACGGUACAUACUGC